AGCGAUAUCGAACCCAAAUACUAUCGAUACAAACAUCACUGGUACCCACCUCUGUUGUACAGUCGCCACUGUCGCGACGGUGGAUAUAUAAAUAAUUGUUUUUUUUUUUCGCGGCAAAAUCAGCAAACACUUUUUCUUAUAAAAGAACUUGCUGCAUUUUAAAUAAUGGGUAAGCUUGGCAAAAGGAAAUUUACGGUACUCCCCAAGAUCAACAAAAAAAAAUCCGACGGUUAUUCCGACAACGAUGAAAACUCGAAAAAUGGAGCCAGCAAUUCGGUCGAUGACGAGCACGAAGUCGAUAGGGAGGACGGCGAUAAGCAGGAUUCAAGUUCCAAGAAACAAAAGCUUUCCAUUGGUGCAGGGAAAGCAACCACACAGGAGCACGAUAGCGAGUCGAAUGAAAGCGAUGACAUGCCACUGAAUGGCAGCAAGGCUUCCAGUUCAAAGGCAUCACCACAAACAAAGCAAAAGAAGAUAUCCAAAUCAAAGGGUAAAGUGCCAGCAGCUGAAAAACAUCAAAAUAAAAAGAUAUCAGCCAAGCCCGAUGACAAGGAGAAGGACGAGACGGACGACGAAAGUGGGGAGGCAGAAUUUGAGGUGGAGGCCAUCGUGGGUCACAAGACCAAGAACGGAGAAUCAUUUUUCCUGGUGCACUGGAAGGGCUACGGAAAGGACGACGACAGUUGGGAGCCCGAGGCAGACUUGAACUGUAAUGAUUUGAUCGAGGAGUAUCUCAAGAAGACUAAUCCCAAGAAGGGCACAGGCGCAAUAAAAAAGUCACCGGCUGGUGUUAACGUCGGACGUGGACGCAAGCUGAAUAAAAAGAUUGUGAGCGACCCCGAGAAGGAAUGGGCGGUCGAACGUAUUGUCGACUUUGUCGACGAUGAUGAGCAAGGCGGAUUGUAUCGCAUACGCUGGAAGGGCUUUGGCGCCAAGGAAGAUACUUGGGAGCCCGAAUCGAAUCUGUCCUGCGAGGGCCUAAUCGAAAAGUUCAAGAAAUCCAUGGAGGCGCAUCGCAAUGUGGAUGCAAAACAAUUGCGCGAGUCGCCGAAAAAAACAAAGCGCUUGGUCAAUGAGACAAUACCACGCACCAAUUUUCACAAUCGCAUUGAACGCUCAUCGAAACGGUCUGCUGCCAAGAAUCGCGUUUUCUAUGGCGAGGAGUAAGUCGUGCAGUACCACCAGUCCAGUAUGAAAUUCACGACUAUAAAGUGCAUGGUUGAUUCCGGAGUGGUAAUUAAAAUUUAAUUGCAACGCAAUUAGCUUGAGUUUUGGAUGGCAUGUGAGAGUGGUCCGAGAAGCGACACGUUCCUAGUUGUUAAGAGCAUUGUUUAAGUAUGAAUCCGUAACAGCAGAACAUAAUACACUACACAGCACAACACCAGACACAACGCAUCUACAUUUUUAGCUUUAAGCUAUAUUCAGUUCUGGAAAAAAUAUAUAUAUAUAUAUAUUAUUAGCAUGUAAUAUGUCUCUCACUGAUUGUGUAACCCCUUUUGGUUAGACUUUAAGUUUUAAUAACACCAUAAAAACUAAGCUUUAAGUAAAAAAUCCCUGAAUAAAGUUGUUUCGUGGUAGCUAACUUUAAUAUAAACCGUCUCGUAUAAGAUCGAACAAUGUAAGCGGCAUUGACUGUCACUAUUAUAAUUAUAGACAUAAAUGUAAAAAAUUA